AUGUCUCGCUCAGCAGCCGAUGCGACUCGCUUCACGGCCACAGGGCCAUAUGUUAGUUCCAAAGUUCCAUACCAGCUUCCAACUUCCGUGAAACCAGCCCAAUCCGGGUCAAACCAGCAAUCGCCAAAACCGGGGUCGUCGUCAUCAUCAUCGGCCGAAACCCCAAGGCAAAAAGUUGAGCGUCUUCGUGCCCAGGCGCGCGCUGCAAAGCUCGCUCAGAGCACCACCGCGUUUGACAGAAUAAUUGAGCGAGGUCGUCGGGUGGCCAAUGGAGCGCACAAGGUGAUGAUUUAUACACUCAUUACGGCGUCAGGCGUCUGCGGCGCUCUAACACUUUACUCCGUCGUAUCCCUGACUAUGUGGAACCGUCGCCAGCGCGAACUCUGGCUCGACAAACAACUGCAAGACCUGCAAGCCGCGCGCGAGGCAUACGUGAAAGGCACGGCCACAACGGAGCAACUGGAGAUUCUCAGGAACGAGAAAAUAGGAGAAAUCGAAAAGCGGAAGAAGCAGGAAGCCGACGAACAGCGAUUGUGGAAUCGAACCAAGCGCUUUCUUUUCGAUGGGUUGAAGAAGGAAGAUACUGCAAGUGAGACAUUAGCAGCAGCAACAGGAGCAACAUCGGAUAUAACGAAUAGUAAUAACAACAAUAAUAAUCAGGCGGCAUCAUUCGGUAUUUUGGAAGCUGUCAAUGCGAAGAAGGCUGAGUCGACGCAACAACCACAAACAACACAACCAGGGUCGCUAGAUGUGUUGGCAUCGAAUGUAGAAACGACAGCUAAACAGUCCGCGAAGAGCUGGUCGAGCUGGAUUUGGGGGAAAUAA